GAUAGAAAAGGAUUGAGAAUUUGGGGCGGAGGACUAGUAAAGGAGAGCAACAAAGGACACAUCCAGGACUCCCAGGUGGAGACGGUCAGCAGGAGCAGUGGCGGCUCCGCGGAAGCCAGCGCCAGAGGCCCGCCGCCUCCCGUGCCCAGCACACGGGUCCUGGCAGUGGAUUCAAAAAGCGAUGAUGAUACAUCUUUAUAUCACGAAGAUGUGGUUGCUGGUUCCUUCAUGCCUGCAGUGCCUUGGAGCCCUCUGAAAAAUGAGAUAAGGAGGAGAUACCUGACCCAGGUGGACGCACUGCUAUGGGAUGAAGGGUGUUCGGAGUGUACUGAUGACGGAGAUGGAGAGGACACCUGUGCGACACUGAUCCCUUCCUUGGCCUCGCCUGCCAGGCCUGCCCACGGAGGCCAUGGCCCUGUGUCUGGAAGGAGUCCUGGCGGCCCAGUUAAGCCGGCUUCAUGUCCCGGAGAGCCCGGUCCUUCAGGCCCCUGCUCAGCAGACCUGGCUGUCGUGCCUAGAAGCGACAGUCUCUCUCUCCGCGAGUCCGGGGGGAGCAGCUUCUCAAGCAGCCCAGCCUUCGAGGCCGACGACAUCUGCGACGUGACAAUCAGCGACCUGUACGCGGGCAUGCUGCACUCGAUGAGCCGGCUGCUGAGCGCAAAGCCGUCCUGCAUCAUCUCCACCAAAACAUCGUUUAUCGCUCACAGCUGGAGCUCCAGGAGGCGGCACAGGUGUAAGAACAGAAUGAACAAGACGCAUUGCCGGGGGAGCGGGCCCUCGCGAAGGGGUUCCCAGGACAGACUCCCACCCUGGUCUGAGCCGCUGAAGGAUGGGGAAGUGUUAAGAGAUUGCGAGAACUUACUAGAUGCUUCUGGCCGGAAGGUGGGUUUAAAAUUGGAAAAAGCUUUCCCUGAAGUAAACAAACCCGAAAUCCGCAAAUUAAAUCCAAGUUGGAAGGAGCUCAGGGGGUUGAGGAGUUUAAUGCCCCAGAGGUGUUCUUCGUUGACUUAUGGAGGAUCCAGUGCAAUCCAUCCUCUUGGGCAAGAAAAUAGGCUUAUGGCACUAAAAUGGUUAAUUUCUCCUGUAAAGAUCAUUUCCAGACCAAGAAUACUGCCCGGCAAGGGAGGGAAUUGUUACAGGGAAAUUGAAAUGGAAUUUGAUAAGCUUCAUCAGGAAUACUGUCCAAAUCCCGGGAAGCAGCCCUGCCUGACGUCCCUCCCGGGGCCCUCGGCUGUGGCCAUGUACAGGGCUGGUCCCGCGAGCCCUCGUGGCCCCCGGGGCUUAGAAACCCGCAGGCUCAGUGGACCUUUCAGCAGAGCAGAAGCUAAGCAGUUCCGUGAGGCUUUUGAAGACCUGGGUGAACGAGCUGUUGGAGCAGGGGGAGGCCUGCCCAAGAGGGGUUCCCCUCCCUCGCUUUCAGAGACCAGCUCGGUGCAGAGCCCCCGCCGCUUGGAACAGAGACUUGACCUUCUUUUUCAAGGAAGCAAUCUUGGAAUACUUGGAAAGUCCGUAUCACCUGGCAAAGCAACUUCAGUAACAGGCACAGAGCCUCUAAGCUGUGUUAGGAAUCGUUACCAUGAAAUAAAAGAAAAAUUUGACAAGCUUCAUCAAAAGUAUUGCCAGCAGUCACCGCAGCGGACACUGGCACCUUUACGUAUCGGAACAUCUCCAGAUAGAGCAAGUGUGGAAGUUCAGUGUCCCAAAGGACGCACCUUGGAAAAAUUAAACCCGGACUCUGGCUUCCAGGGUCCCCCAAAGCUAUCAGCAUCACCCCAGUGGAGCACAGAAAGUCCACAGGGCUCGACCACACUUGAGGCCCAUCCGUCUAUGUGCUUCGUGCCCGCUGCCAGGAGGGGCCGCCAGUCCCCUCCAAAGAGACGUCGAUUAUCAGAUUCCCUGCUGUAUGGACAGUGGGCCAGUUCCCAGGAUCCAUUGUGUGUGGUGUGCCGAGCCAUCCCGUGGCUGGGCGACAGGCCGGCUCCCAACAGCCCCCCUGGGAAAAAAAGGAAAGAACACAUCUUUCAAGAUGGAACAGAAAAGUGACUUUGUAUUAGAAAAGUUGAAAGCUGAAGAUAUAUAGCCAAGUUAUUUUUAAGAGUUUGUCCCUCUUCCCCCUACUCUGCUUGCGUGCGCGCGCGUGUGUUUUUAAUCCUCAAGAAUAUGUAAGAACUGGCUUCACUUAUCUGCCCUUCAAAGCAAAUGUCAGUGAAACUGUUCCCAUUAAAAUGACUCUGAGUUCUUGGUAUAGAAAUUAUUUGAAUAAAGUUGCUCAAUUAAAA